AUGGAUGACUUCACCGCCGAGAUCCUAGCAAGCGGGCAGGACAAUACGGCACCAGCCCAACCGCAGGUUAACGAUGAGCCGCCCGCGCCUCGCCGGAGCCUGCGGUCCGGGUUCGCGGCAAGGGCAAGUAUCCAGGAUCGUCUAGUAGAAAAACUCCUCCAACAGGUGGUACCUGUAGAUGAUGACGUCGGACCGGACGGCCUCGUGGGCAGCGAGGACCAGACGUCGUCGGCCUUCGUGGAGCGCCCCAACUUUAACCUGACGACCAUGUCCAACAACUUCCGGCGGUUCAACGCGCGCAUAGGCGUCGUCUUCAAGUUCCAGGCCGAGGUGAUCCGUCUGCUGUCGUGGCACCGCCCCUCGCAGACCAUGUCCCUCCUGGCCGUGUACACGUUCGUCUGCCUGGAUCCGUACCUGCUGUCCGUGCUCCCGAUGGUCGCCCUGGUCCUGGGGGCGCUGGUCCCGGGCUUCCUGGCAAGGCACCCGGCCCCUCCCAAGGGCACGCUAUCGAGUGAGCAAGGGCUGGGGUACUCGGCGGGCGGGCCGCCCCUUGCGCCGGCGGCGACGGUCCGGCCGGUCAAGGAGCUGAGCAAGGACUUCUUCCGCAACAUGCGCGAUCUGCAGAACGUCAUGGAGGACUUCAGCGUGGGCCACGACCAGGUGGUGUCGCUGCUGGUGCCGCUGACCAACUUCAGCGACGAGGCGCUCUCGUCGGCCGUCUUCCUCGUGCUGGUGGUCGGCGGCGUCUUCAUGACCAUCACGGCGCACCUGCUGCCCUGGAGGUUCAUCGCCCUGGCUCUGGGCUGGGCGGCCAUCUGCUCCGGCCACCCGGGCGUGUCGCGGCUGCUGGCCGCCACGCACCGCGACCAUCUCAGGAGCCGUGAGGAGGAGGCCAGGUCUUUCUGGGACGCGUGGGUGGCGGGCGACGUGAUACUCGACUCGGCCCCGGAGACGCGCGAGGUCGAGGUCUUUGAGCUGCAGAGGGUGUCGGACGACGGCAGCGAGUGGGAGCCCUGGCUGUUCACCCCGUCGCCCUACGACCCCCUCUCGCAGCCGCGCAUCUCGGGCGACAGGCCCCGCGGCACGCGCUUCUUCGACGACGUCCUCGCACCCGAGGGCUGGCAGUGGAGCGAGAAGAAGUGGGCACUCGACUUGUGGAGCAGGGAGUGGGUGGAGGAGCGCAUCAUCACCGGCGUCGAGGUCGAGACCGAGGGCGAGAGGUGGGUCUACGACAUGUACGACGACAGGGACGACCAGACGGGCGUGGUGGAGGCCCCCGAGGCCGCGAAGCCGAGACCGCCCAUCCUGCAUCCUAGCUGGGAGGAGGGAGAGGACUCGUCCGUUAGGAGAGGGAGGUGGCGGAGGAGGAGGUGGGUGCGGCUGGUGAAGCGCAAGGCCACAUCGGCGACUACAUUGUAA